AUGUCCACAAUUUCGCUCUCAGACCUGCAAUACAUGGACCGCGAGACGCUCGCGUCGUCCUUUUCAAGUCCCGAAUCGCCGUCUCAACGCCAGCUCCCCGCCUCCACAGCCGUCAUUGACGUGCGCGACAGCGACCACAUUGGCGGCCACAUCCGCGGCUCGACAUGGGUGCCCAGCAGCCAGCUCGACUACAAGAUGCCCGAGCUGGUGCGCGCGCUGCACGGCAAGGACACGGUCGUGUUUCACUGUGCGUUGAGCCAGCAGCGCGGGCCCAGUGCUGCGUUGCGCUAUCUGCGCGAGAAGCAGCGGUUGCAGCCGCAUGCGGCCGUGGAAUCCAAGGGCGUGGUGAGCGAGGAGAGUAGGGCUGUGGAUAGCGAGGAAAAAGAGGAAGACAAGGAGGCUGAGGGAAGCAAGAAGCAGAAGGUGUUUGUGCUGCGCGGUGGGUUUACCAUGUGGCAGGAGAAAUACGGUGAGGAUGUUGAAUUGACUGAGGAGUACAAGAAGGAUAUUUGGGAGUUUGGGUCUUGA